AUGUCUGCCGUUGUGGCGCCUGCCAUGCCCAUCAACACUAAACACAAUUCUGGCACACCAACAAACGCCAACACCAUCAGCAUCAGUGAUGAGGACCUGGUCUAUACCUGUCUUCAUUGCAGUCGCACCUUCACUUCACACAUCGGCAUGGUCGGUCACUUGCGAAUCCAUCGCACAGAGACUGAAGACCCAGUGGCUAAAGCACCCGUCUACACUCGCCACACCCGCAUCCACUGCCCUCGCACAUUCUUGCACCGCAUGGGCCUACUCGACCACAUGUUUAUCCACGAGAGCGGAAUUGAUCGCAGCCCCAACACACCUAGCACAUCCAGCACACCCACCAUGCCUAGCCCUGCCCACACUCCGUCACCCAGCGCGCCCACUGUUAUGUAUGCAAAACAGAAGGGUAAUUGGAAAUAG